AUGUCUGAUCAAUUCGCUAAUCUACACGAGUAUAUUGCCAGUUUACCAGCCAAUGUCACACAAAACAUUUACGGGCAUCCGGCAAGUUGCUUAGCAAUAUUCCGUGAAUUACCAGUUCUUGCAAGAACGAUCAUUAUGAGAUUUAUUUGUUUGCCGAAUUCGGAAGCCACUGGACAGCCACAGCCACUAAGUCAAAGUGUUGUUUCGUCGUGGAUUAAUCCAUCGCAUCAAAAUACUUAUAAAAGCAUCAGUCGAAUGCUCGUCCAACUUGGUAUUUGGAAUGAAGUUGGCACUGAUUGGCAAGUGGAUGCGACGUUUAGAAAUAAUUUAACUGGCGCGAUCUUUGGAGGGACAACCAGUUGGCUUGAUGAAACAGACUCAUCGUCCACUCCAAGUGAACGCAAUGCGAAAAAACUAGAAGAACUCAAUAUUUACUCUUCAACUCGAUGGGAUUGCGUUCUACAAUAUCUUGUUACUCCGGAUAAAGGACAAGUCACUCGUGACACAAUCGAUGUUUUUCUCCAUGCUAAAUUGCUCAAAAGAAAUGAAGACACGUCAUCGUCAAACACUGAUCCGUAUACAAUAACAGGCUCUGGUUUUAAAUUCCUACUGAUGAACCGUCGAUCACAAGUGUGGUUCUUCAUUAUCAAUUCAUUAGAAACACGGCAGCAACGCGGCGAAGAUAUUAGUGAACAUUUGAUCUUUUUAUUCCAAUUGAGUUUUGCGACAUUCGGCAAAGAUUAUUCGUGUGAAAAGUUUAGUGCAAUAAAAGAAAACUUCGUUCAACAUCUUCGAGAGCUCGGUCUCAUUUGGCAAAAAACCAGAAAAAUCAAACGUUUCUAUCCGACGAAACUUGCGAUUGAAUUAGCAUCCGGUUUAGCGACAAGUGCAUCUGCAGAGCAACAACUCGGAGCUGAUGAAAUUCAAUCUGGUUUUCUCAUUGUUGAAACAAAUUAUCGUGUUUAUGCUUACACAAACAAUGAUCUUUAUUUGAAAAUUAUCGAAUUGUUUUGCAAGAUGCUCUAUCGAUUUCCGAAUAUGAGUGUUGGACUUAUCACCCGGCAAAGUAUUCGAAACGCAUUGAGCAAUGAAAUAUCCGCCGACCUGAUCUUAAACUUUAUGAAAUCACACGCACACCCACAGAUGCGCAAAAGAUUGCUAGAAAACAAGCCGUUGAUUCCUACGACGAUCAGUGAUCAGAUUCGUCUAUGGGAAAUGGAACGCGAUCGAAUUGUUGACCAGGAAGGUAUGCUUUACAAUCAAUUUAACUCCGCGAAUGACUUCGAAUUAAUCGAAAAAUACGCCAAAGAUUUGAAUGUCUUACUUUGGAGUAGCGCACAAAAACGGUGUGUGGUCGUUUCAAAAGCCGGUCAUGAAGAAGUGAAGCGAUUCUGGAAAAUGCAACGACCGAAGACGAGCAAUGAAUAA